GACGUCACACCAACAGACAGUGAGAGAAGAGAGACAAAACCUAAAAGAGAGAGAAAUGGCCACCUCCGUCGCACGUCCCCUCGUCACCGUCCAAGGUCUUGACAACGACAUGACCACCGAUCGAUCCCCAACCGUCGUCUUACCCGACGUCAUGACCGCUCCCGUCCGCCCCGACAUCGUCAGCUUCGUCCACGCGCAGAUCUCCAACAACAGCCGCCAGCCCUACGCCGUCUCCAAGAAAGCCGGUCACCAGACCUCCGCCGAGUCGUGGGGAACCGGACGCGCCGUCUCUCGUAUCCCUCGCGUCCCCGGAGGCGGGACUCACCGCGCCGGACAAGCCGCGUUCGGAAACCAGUGCCGCGGCGGUCGCAUGUUCGCUCCGACGAAGACUCACCGUCUCUGGCACAGGCGCGUGAACGUCAACAUGAAGAGGCACGCGAUCGUCUCCGCCAUCGCCGCGACUGCUGUUCCCGCGCUCGUGGUUGCGCGUGGGCAUAAGAUCGAGAACGUCCCCGAGAUGCCACUUGUCGUUAGCGACUCUGUUGAAGCCGUGGAGAAGACGUCAGCUGCUAUCAAGGUUUUGAAGCAGAUCGGUGCUUACGAUGACGCGGAGAAGGCGAAGGACAGUAUUGGGAUUAGGUCUGGUGUUGGUAAGAUGAGGAACAGGCGUUACGUUUGCAGGAAAGGUCCUCUUGUGGUUUACGGAACCGAAGGUUCCAAGAUUGUCAAGGCGUUUAGGAACCUUCCCGGUGUUGAGCUUUGCCACGUGGAGAGGCUUAACCUGUUGAAGCUUGCUCCCGGUGGUCACCUUGGGAGGUUUGUGGUUUGGACCAAGUCUGCUUUCGAGAAGCUUGAGGGGAUCUAUGGAUCGUUUGAGAAAGGGUCGGAGAUGAAGAAAGGGUACGUGCUUCCUAGGGCUAAGAUGGUGAAUGCUGAUUUGGCGAGGAUUAUUAACUCUGACGAGGUGCAGAGUGUGGUGAAGCCGAUUAAGAAGGAUGCGGCGAGGGCUGUGAUGAAGAAGAAUCCUUUGAAGAAUUUGAAUGUGAUGUUGAAGUUGAAUCCGUAUGCUAAGACUGCGAAGAGGAUGUCUUUGUUGGCCGAGGCGCAGAGGGUUAAGUCCAAGAGUGAGAAACUCACCAAGAAGAGGAAGACGGUUACUAAGGAGGAGGCAUUGGCGAUCAAAGCAGCAGGGAAGUCGUGGUACCAGACUAUGAUCUCCGACAGUGACUACACCGAGUUUGACAACUUCACCAAAUGGCUCGGUGCUAGCCAGUGAUACUAUCUAUCAUAUGCGUGAAAUGUUGUUGUCUUUAGUUAAAGGUUUUGGUUUUAUAUCUAUUUGGUUUUUUUAUGUCGUAAUUCUAAGUUCAGCUUUGGACAAGUUAUGUCAUUUUUCAUUUUUGGACCUUGCUUUCAUCAAUCGAACCAAGUUUAAGACA